AUGGAAAAACGUCUUGUUCAGCGUGCAAACGCUUCUCGCAAUGCAAUUGCAGUGAUUGAUGGCGAUAUAAGUAUUAGCUAUCAAGAACUCAUUGCACGAGCUGAUAUCCUCGUCGAGAAAUUGCAUGAAAGAUCAAUGGAGCUCGCGGAGCCUGUUGUUAUCUUACUUGGGUCUGGGUAUCAACAGAUCAUAUCGCAAGUCGCUGUCAUCCGAGCUGGAGGGACCUGUGUCCCCGUUGACCCCUCAAUGCCUUCCAUUCGCCUAGUGGCCAUGCUACACGAGAUCAACUCCCGCUUGGUCAUUGUCAGCAAAGCUGAGAUGGAUCGCGUUUCAGACUUUGAGGUUAUCCCAGUUGAAGAAGCAACUGUGCAGGAUAUCACUUUCAGCAAGAGUGAUUCAAUCACUGUACAGGCAGGAUGUUUGGAAACGCAUCGCAGUCACAUUUUAUUCACCUCCGGCUCUACGGGACUGCCGAAGCCCAUCGAGGUCCUGGCUUGCGGUAUUCUCCAUGUAUUAGCCUCUGAUCCAGCUACACUGCUGGAUCAAUCUGACCGUAUGGCUAUAUUUGUCAAUCCGGGAUUUGACUUCUCCCUCUGGGCAGUUUGGGGAUCACUACUUGCUGGGACGACAGCCAUCCAAAUACCCAAGGUGGUCGUCAGAGAUCCAUUUGCUCUCAAAGACUUUUUGGAAAGCAAGAAUAUUACAGCAAUAAUUAUACCAACAGCGCUUUUCAAUGUUAUUGCCUUGAAUGUGCCCAGCGCGUUUCAUGGUCUGCGCCACGUCCUUGUCGGAGGCGAGGCCGUUAGUGUUGGUGCAAUGAAGAGAGUUCUCACCAACAGACCACCAGACAACCUGUGGAAUGCAUACGGUCCUACGGAGGCAACCAUAUUUGUAACAAAAUGCCGGGUCAAUCUGGAGGAGACACAACACCCUCGCAUCAGUAUCGGACGAGCCUUUGGAGAAUCCAAAAUUUAUCUGCUAGACGAACAACUCCGGAAUAUCACCGGUACACAUCAGACUGGGGAAAUCUGUGUUGCCGGACCCCAGGUGUCACCGGGAUAUCUGAAUCGACCUGAGGAGAACGAGAAGCAGUUUAUCCAUGUCAGUGCCGCCACACUAGGAGAGGAAGAUGGGAGUCCUGGAACAUCAAUCCGUCUGUACCGUACUGGGGAUCUGGCGCAAUGGAGAGACUCAUCUGGUACUUUGGAUUAUAUUGGCCGAGCAGACAAACAAGUCAAAUGCUCUGGACACCGUGUGGAAUUGGGCGAUAUAGAGCAUACGCUGGAGAGGCAUCCGGAAGUGGGAUCAUGUGUUGUCAUCCAACACAAACAAGAGCAGUCAGAAAACUUGGUGGCAUACGUGAUCCCAGUUGAAUGUGAAGCGGAAAUUCAGCUUCACGAAAUUAUCAAUUGGGCAAAGGAACAGUUGCCUUACUACAUGGUCCCCACUUCGAUUCAAACCCUCUGGAAAUUUCCUCUUACAUCCGCUGGCAAGGUUGAUAGGAAUGCUCUGGCUCUACGUUUACACCAGACAUCGAAGAAAGAGGAACAUGAGGCCAAGCAGUCCGCACAGACGGAAAGCCAAGAUGACUGGCUUCAAUCACAUCUCCAAAAGAUGCUGAACGUAUCACACGUUGAUCCCAAUAAGGAUAUAUUCGCUUUGGGACUCACUUCGCUGCAAUCUGCCCAGCUAGUAGGGAAGAUCAAGCAACACAGUGGGAAAAUUGUGACGCUGGCACAACUGCAUGAAAACCCUACCCUAGAAAGCCUUGCAGCUCUACUUCACAGCUCCGAUGAAGACAACACUGGUCCCGCUCAGAUCACGCGGUGGGUAGAAGACUCCCAUCUAGCGGAUGAUUUAAUUUCCCCUCCAGAUUGGCAAUCUACCGAAGAGGGACACGUUUUUCUCACAGGAGCGACAGGAUUCGUCGGCGCAUACUUACUCCAUCAACUUGUGUCUAUGCCCAGGGUGAAGAAAGUAGCCUGUUUGGCCCGAGGCCGAGGCCACCUCACUGCGAAUGACCGUAUUCAAAAAGCAUUGGAAAAAUACGAUCUUUGGGACGGUAGGCUAGAAAUAACUCAAAAGAUCAUCACUCUUGAUGGAGACCUAACAGAUGCCACUCUCGGUCUGGGAGAGGAUAAGUUUACCUGGCUCAGCAACUGGGCUAGUGUAGUCUUCCACAUCGGUGCUCGAGUCAACUGGUGUGAGCCUUACGAGGCUCUUUAUGGGUCUAAUGUAGUUGGCACGCGAAAUAUUAUCCGGCUGGCCACUCUAGGCCGACGCAAGGCACUGCAUUAUGUCUCGUCGAUAGACGCGUGGAGUGUAACUGGUCUUGUGAACAAGACAAAGCAAGUUUCCGAAGACGCCCCGCUCAUGCCACAUCUGGGAUCACUCCCUUACGACAUGGGAUAUGCACAGACUCAAUGGGUGGCGGAUGAGAUGAUUCAGAGGGCGCGGGCCCGUGGUUUACCCGCAGCCAUCUAUCGUCCAGGGUUCGUGAUUGGAGACAGUUCACGAGGCUAUGGAAACGCAGAUGAUUUCUUUGCACGACUGAUUAUGGGGUGCAUUCAGAGUGGUCGAUUCCCCCAUCUUCCCCACCAAAGACUGGAGUAUGUGACGGUGGACUUCGUCUGCUUGGCUAUCUUGCAUAUUGCAUCAAAGAAUGAGAAUCUCGGUCGAUCAUACCAUCUCGUCUCCCCGGAUGUGGCGCAGUCGGUGAGUAUAGAUGAGACAUGCAGCUUGCUCCAUAAAGCUGGAUAUCCAGUCAAGCAAGUUUCAUACCAGGAAUGGUUAGAAGUAAUUCAAAGUUGCACGGGGAAUCCAUUGGAGUCAAUGAUGCCUAUGCUGCAGGAACCAAUUUUGGAGGACUUGACUCGCAUGCAGACAAGCAUGUAUACUCCAAUCUAUGAGACCGAAAACACUGUCCAGGCUCUGGCAGAUCGGCCAGAUAUCAAAUAUGUUCCUUUGGAUCAUGUGUUACUACAACGAUGCAUCGACUUUUGGGUAAGCAGGGGAUACUACUCGCUCUGCUGGUAG